AUGCCGCAGCGUUCUAGGCGCGAGGGUAAUCUUCGCAUUCGUCGCGGACGAGGUCGCGGACGAGGAGCUAAGAACCCUCGACCGCAUAGGAGAUUAGGAGGCAGGGUUCCAUGUUGUGGGAGUAUGGCUCAGAUCAAUGGGGAGUGGGCCUCUUGGGAGUCACUAUCGGUCACACUCUCUGGUCUGCCUACAGACAUCGACACCUUUACGGUGUGGAAAUCUUUCUCUGCUCAUGGAACAGUCGACUACAUUGAGUUGUUCGAAGAUGCUAGAGGAAGAAGAGAAAGAAGAGGGAUUGUCCGGUAUAGGCCGCCACCUCAAGAGCCAUUUUGGCUACGGCCUUACCGUCUAGAACUUAGGAACGGUGAAGUUGCCAGUUUGAUUAUCCAUUUAGAUAUGCAGAGACCCGCUUUGUGGAUCAACAGCCCUAUUCAACCAGGGGUGAGGUAUCCCACUGCGACUGAGCUGCCAGCAAUGUGGGUAGCAUUUGGAACCAUGUUAGGGGAAAAGUCCUUCCUCCCUCUACGAACAUUUGAUGUAAGAGGGAACAAGGGUAUUCAUCUUGUGGUCGAUGUCUCAUGCCGGGAUCUGAGCAUAUAUAUUCAUGUCCCAAUACUCUCCGCAACUCAUAACCUCGGACCAAGUUUCUUCCGUUUUCGCGUUCCAUUUUUCCUGUUAUCUACUAUCCUAAAAGAAGAGCAGCCGGAGGGGUUCUCUCUGGUGAUCCCUCUGAAUUCGCCAGCAAGAUGUCAUCGACAGGCUAAAAUCUUGACCGAUGCACACUUCCCGCCUGGUGAAAAUGCCUGGAACUCAAAGGAUACAUGGUACCGCCAAACCGAUAUCGUACAUUAUCCCGAGAACCGCGCUUUUUCGUGCCCACCAACUUGCGCAAACGAAAUUCUUAUAUUAACUUUGUAUGCUGUACGUGACGGCAACAAGCUGGACAUUAUUACCAAUAUUUUCAAGGAUUUCAAUAUCAAUUUCCAAGCGACAGACGGCUUUGAAGUUAUUAAAAAAGUGCGAACCUAUCCCUACCCUUUGGCAGACAAUGAAUAUACUCCGCUUGAAUUCGCUGUUAGGUAUUAUUUGGAGGUGUGCAUAUCUUAUCGGUACCUCAAUGAAUACGCGAUCAAAAAAAAGUUUGUCGAUGAGCUGGCUAGGAUCGGAGAAAGGAAGGCCAUAUACCUUCUCGGAUACGUUUAUUCGAACAAGAUUGCAUAUUAUGAUCCCAUGGAUAUAUUCAACAUUCGAGUCCCCAAUUUUUCUGAUAGAGCAAAUAAUACCAGGACACCAGUAGGUUACUAUUAUAUGAGAUCCGCUGAAGUUACUCCCUCCACUAUUUAUUACAAACCUCCUUCCAUCGAUACCGGAAACCGUAUCUUCCGGCGCUAUCUGGAAUACGCUGACCGCUUCCUCCGUGUCCGGUUCACAGAUGAGAAAAAUAUGGGCAAAAUAUUCCCCUACAGCAAUGCUAACAUCGUGUGUAUGAAUGAGGUCUAUACGCGGGUAACGCUCACUAUGAAGAACGGAAUCACAAUCGGAGACCGCUGCUAUGAGUUCCUCGCAUUUAGCAAUGCCCAAUUGAGGGAGCAUGCGGCGUAUUUUUUUGCUUCCCUGCCACAUUUAACAGCUGCGAACAUCCGUGCACAGCUGGGAAAAUUUAAUCCGAUAAGAAAUGUAGCCAAGCAUGCAGCGCGCGUAGGACAAUGUUUUUCUUCAACCCGCGCACUAACUGGGUGUCCAGUACAAAUAGUGGAAAUUGACGAUAUUGAGAGAAAUGGUUACACCUUCUCAGAUGGUGUUGGCUUGAUAUCAAAGUUUUUGGCCCAGAUGAUCCAAAGCGAAUUUGCUAUUGAAACUCUGUCAGGAGAACCACCGUCGGUCUUCCAAUUCCGCCUUGGGGGUUGCAAAGCCCCACACAAUGGCCUUGAAAUAAUUCGGCAUUCCAGUUUCUGUUUUGCGUCUCUCAACCGCCAGCUUAUUAUUGUUUUGUCUUCCCUAGGAAUUCCUGAUGAAAUGUUUGUCAAGAAACUCCAGGCCAUGCUGGAAAAUUUGGAGCUGGCAAUGACCAGCCAGGAGCAGGCUAUUGAUUUGCUGCAAACUUACGUCGAUCCUAACCAAAUGACGUUGGUUCUCGCGGAUAUGGUACUGGACGGGUUUCAACAAUCCCAGGACCCUUUUGUCACAUCGCUCCUUGAGUUGUGGCGUGUGUGGCAGAUCAAAUAUCUCAAGGAGAAGGCAAAAAUUGCCAUGAUAAGGGGGCCUUUUUGCUUGGCUGUCUUGAUGAGACUGGAUCCCUCAAGGGGAGGCGGCGCAACGUACGAGCAAAAGUUGGAUUGUCUUCCUGAAAUAUUUGUUCAGAUUUCGCGGCAUAGUGAAGGUACAUAUGAAGUAAUCGAAGGCCUUUGCAUUCUUGCGCGAAAUCCAUCGUUGCACCCAGGAGACAUACGUGUUGUCAAGGCUGUCGAUAUCCCAGGACUACACCAUCUCAAAGACGUUGUUGUGCUACCCCAGACUGGGGAUCGAGACAUUGCAAGUAUGUGUUCUGGAGGUGAUCUGGAUGGUGAUGACUACGUUGUCAUCUGGGACCAGGAUUUGCUGCCGAAGGACUGGUUUGAGGAACCAAUGGACUAUUCUGCGCCCAAGUCAAAAGUUCUGGAUAGGGAUGUCACUGUUGAUGAUAUCAUCAAGUUCUUUGUGAGCUAUAUGCAAAAUGACCGCCUUCCUCAAAUUGCCCUUGCACAUCUCACGAUAGCCGAUUAUUCAGAUGAUGGUGUCCAGGACGAGAAAUGCCUUCGACUCGCAACCCUGCAUUCCGCAGCCGUCGAUUACAACAAGUCGGGAAUACCCGUUCGUAUGAACCAGGACCUUAGACCCAAAAAGUGGCCACAUUUCAUGGAAAGAAAGUUUGCAAUGAAAGACUCGCAGUAUACAUCUCGGAAAAUUCUGGGUCAACUGUAUGAUAUUGCGGGUGGUGUAUACCUCAAUUUACAAUCCCACUCUGCUAAAGGAAGAUUGCCAUUCGACCAGCGGAUUUUAAACGCAAAUUUUGAGAUUGAUGAGAAACUAUUAAGCUUCGCAAAAGAGCUCAAGGGGGAAUACGACGCUGACCUGCGGCGGAUCAUGGCACAACAUGAGAUCCAGAGUGAAGAUUACAAAUUCCAUGAAGAAAUAGGUCGGAUAUCGUCUGCACUGCGUCAAAAGUUCCGCAUGCUUUGUCACGAAAAAGCUGGAGGAAAGGACUUCAAAUCUCUAGCACCGCUUGCCAUAGCUAUGUAUCGGGUGACUAGCGAACAAAUGGAAAAAGCUAAGGCAGCAGCACAUUCCCACUGCACUCCAGGAGAGGAGGAAAGGAUGCCCCUCAUCAGCUUCCCCUGGGUACUCCAACCAAUUCUAGGUAUGAUUGCAACUCAGCAUUUCCACACAUCCGGUUCUGAGGGAUUAUCGGGGCUUAUUCAGGCAGAGAUCCCGCGUGGCUCUAAGCAAAAGAAAAAUGUGGCAAAUGUGUGUGCUCUAGGCGUCGAAACUGCAAAAAGAGUGAAAAACGCUGCCAACGUUUUGCUACUAUUUGAGGAUUCCAAAUUUGAUCCUUUUGCCUCUAUUGCCGAGGCAUUUGACACGCCACAAAUCUCUCCCGAACAAAAGGAGAAUCAAACCUACUCAGCCCCGACAGAGGGCGGCAGGAAAUAUGGUGACCUGGGUUUGUUGGUUGAUCUCACCGAUGAUAUCUACUUGUCAUCUACACCGAAAGAGAGCCUAACCGUACCGGAGUUGGAGCCAACCACGCUACGCAGAACUUCUGUAUAUAGUCCCAUUGAUUUAGAUCGGUUAGGCCUCGAAUCGGUUUUGCAGAACCGCAUGGCCCCUGCUUCUUUGGGGGCUAUUCAAAACAAAACCCAGAGCCUGAAGCUAGAUGCAAGGAUGAAAGAAAACGAUCCAAGAAGCAUGCAAUCCAGUGAUCCACUCAUGACGGCUGGAACCCAGGAAAUCGAGGAAGUAGAGGAAGAAGAGGAAGAGAUUGUCGAGUUUGAAUCGGGCCCCGGGCCCGCGGCCCACCGCAUUGGAUGA